CUCACACUCUCCUUCCUGUUCAUUGCUGCUCUUUGCCUGGAGGCAGCUGUCAUAGAGAAGGUCAUUUACUGUCCAGGUGCCAACAUGAAUUGGACAGAGGCGAGACUGUACUGCCAGAGGAACCACAUUGACUUAGUUACUUGGACCACAGUGAACGAUUUAGCUGAAUGGUUGGUAACAAUCAAUGUCAGUGAAAUCUGGAUUGGCCUACUUAGAGAUCCUGAGGAAGAGUCGGUUUGGAAGGGGAUAAAUGUAAUAAGUGGAGAAGGAGUUUCAGGAGACGACCUCUCACAGAGCAGCAACUGGGCUGAAGGACAGCAGAGCAGUCACUGUGCAGCUGUGGGAUCUGAUCUAAUGUGGCACAGUGUUCAGUGUUCAAGUGAAUAUCAUGUAUACUGCUCAGACGGCAAAAUUGUUUUUCACAUGGUCAUUCUUAGCUGGUAUGAUGCUUCCAAGUACUGUGAGGAGAUCAUGAGUAACCUCGCCACCAUCACCGACAAUAACAGUGAUACUUUAAACUACAGUGGCUGGAUCGGGCUGUACCGACAGGGUGGUCAAAACUGGAGCUGGGUUGGAGAUUCAUCAUCUGACUACAGAAACUGGGCGCCUGAAGAGCCACUCACCGCAGACUGUGGCUCUUUUAAUCCCGUCACAGAAAAGUGGUACAGCAACGUGUGCUCCAAAGAGCUUCGGUUUGUCUGCAAUGAUGACAACCUGGUGGUGGUGAAUGAGAACAAGACAUGGGAGGAGGCCGUGGUGCACUGCAGGGGCAUGACAUCACCAUGUGCUGGCUCCUCUGAUACCUGCAUGUACCGCCAUGACAUCCUGAGCCUGCCUAACUUGAAUGACUACAGCUACGUCAGAGACCGGAUCUACAGAGCCACGACCGAUGAGGUCUGGUUGGGCCUGCGCUUCCUGGGAGGGGAAUGGUGGUGGGUGAAUGGAGAGGAGCUGGACGACGACGGGAUGCUGCCUGAGUGUCCGUCCCAGUGGAACCACUGUGGGACCCUGUCCAAAUACGACACAGACAGCUGGAUCACCAGGGACUGCUCAGAGAGAAGAAACUUCAUCUGCUACAGAAAAGAAAUACUGAUAGAAGAUAAUGAAGUUAGCCACGAGGAGGUUUAGAGUUUAAAGCUUUUCAGUGCUACAAUAUUAAAACCUGUUUUGUCUGUAAAUUAACAGACUGAGCUUUCUCUAGAAAAAAAAACGAGUUUUUUUGCUCAUAAUCUAUAUUGAUUUUUGUUGUAAUUAUAAUAAUUUAUGAAAAUAAAAGAUUAGUACUGUAACUUUACUCUGCUUUUCAUUUGUAUUCUUAUCAUUAAUAUGAAAUCAUUCCUUGCUCUGACUGGAUGCCUAUUGGCUACUGGAAUGCCCUAUUACCUGAUGUACUGUUGACUGUUUAAGUUUUGUUUGUUCUUUCUUUUUUUCAAAAUUUGCGGGCUGGUGUACAUAAUUCAGAUAGAAG